UGGCUGUACUACCCGGCCUUAUGGUAUCACUGCAGGCAGGUACAGCACUUACACGCUUCAAUCUCUCGGCAACCGUCGGCGCAGCGGAAUGUCCACGCGUUCACAGCUCCGUGCAGAGCUCUAUCCAGUUAAGCUAUUUUUUUAAUAGUGGUUCUUAUAGGGUUCUCGAUUGUCUCUCAGUGGUGCUUUGGUGUUUUAGUGUUGUGACGUGGGUGUCAAGUGUCUCCAAAGUGGAAAUUAGGUCUACUUCCAACUCUUCUGAGGUAAACAGGAUACAUGUGCAGCAAACUACAAAUUAGGUUGUUAGGGUUGACAUCCUAUGUUUUUUUUAAAUAAAUUGCGCACAUUGCAUACCAUGAGAGAUUUGUCAUAUAC